AUGGCUUCCAGUGUAUCAGAAUGGAGGCGCCACUUGAACGGAUGCGCUGGACUACUCAAAAGCCGUAAUUGGAAAGGAUGCAGCAAAGGAAUCAUCAAAUCAUGUUUUUGGGCUUUUGCCAGGAUCGAUAUCUGGGCAGCCUUCAUCAUUGGGCAGACGACUCUGCUUUCUACCACAUGUUGGGUUGAGAACGAUUCUAUUCCGGCGGUAUCCGCAGCUGCCGCUACGAGCGGCGACAUUGACGAUUAUUGCAACCUAGCCAUAUUGAUAUUCGCCAAGAUCAUCAACCUGAUUGCUCACAACCCACCCUCGCCCAGGAUUUCGGCGGCUCACAGAGUGACCAUGACUGAAGAUCUGUGGAAAGAUUUGAGUAUUUGGUGGAAAUUUCGACCGAGAGAUGUAUGCCCGCUUUUGAGGGAAGAGCCUCGGGGGAGUGGGAACCCAUUUCCCACUGUAGUAUUCACUACGUCGGCCGCAAGCUCGAUUCUCUUACUCGAGACUGGUCUUGUCAGUUCAAGUUCGACAGAAAAGGAGUUGUCUGAUCCGAUAUGGCAUGCUAGGGAAUUGGGCGGGUUAUCAAUCUCAAAUGACUCCCACGCCAACUGGGUGAACCACUUGCAGCCCCUUUUCAUCGCCGGCCGGGCACUUGCCAACAGCUCCCGCUGGGGAGGACGUCUGCUAGAAACACAGCCAGCUGACACUUACGACGACUGUUUUGGAAAUGGCGAGGAGUACGCUCUGGAGAAACUGGCAUUGCUAAAGCAACUGGCCAGGAUCGAGAAGGAAACAGGUUGGAAGACAUCCGACAGAUCUGCAGAGUUGCGAAGGCUCUGGGGUUUCGCAUGA